UAUGCACGGCAGUACGAUUCCACGUACGGUGACUUUAGAUUUGACUGCAAGCGUGUGGAGACAGCUCGUUACAGGCUGUGGGACAGACGAAGACUGGAAAUAUGGACGAGGAGUACCAGUACACACGGAGUCCUGCAUGGGAAGAACUGGAGCCGUGCGGACCGGCCGGUGGGAUGCAGACGGUCGCGGAGUCGGGAGCCGCCGGGGGAUCCGGAGGCGUGGACGAGUCAUCAGACAGCGAAGGGGAGCAAGAAGGGCCGCAGAAGCUGAUCAGGAAAGUGUCCACGUCUGGACAGAUCCGCAGCAAGGCGAGUAUAAAGGAGGGCUUGCUUCUGAAACAGACCAGCUCCUUCCAGCGCUGGAAGAAACGAUACUUUAAACUACGUGGCCGGACACUUUACUAUGCCAAGGAUGCCAAGACGGGCGGUGUGCUAGCCCAAUGGCAGUACCGGGUCUCACGUAGCCGAGUGUGUUGGAGGGUUCUGUCCGUCUGCUGGUCCGGUGCUCGCCGCCCUCCUCCGUCUCUGGGUGCCUGUGGAUCAGAGGAAGGUUUGGUGGCGAUUCGGUCCCUUAUUUUUGAUGAAGUGGAUCUCUCAGAUGCUAGUGUUGCUGAAUCAAGCACGAAGAAUGUCAACAACAGCUUCACGGUAAUCACUCCGUUCCGAAGGCUCAUCUUGUGCGCAGAGAACAGAAAGGAGAUGGAGGACUGGAUCAGCUCGUUGAAAUCGGUUCAGUCCAGAGAGCAUUACGAGACGGCACAGUUUAAUGUGGAACAUUUCUCAGGGAUGCACAACUGGUAUGCCUGCUCCCAUGCCCGUCCCACCUUCUGCAACGUCUGUCGGGACAGCCUCUCAGGGGUCACUUCUCAUGGCCUCUCCUGUGAAGUAUGUAAAUUUAAAGCCCAUAAAAGGUGCGCUGUCAGAGCCACUAACAACUGUAAAUGGACUACGCUGGCGUCAAUUGGGAAGGACAUAAUUGAGGAUGAAGAUGGGAUUGCUAUGCCACAUCAGUGGCUAGAAGGCAAUCUUCCGGUUAGUGCCAAAUGUGCAGUGUGUGAUAAAACGUGUGGCAGUGUGCUGCGCCUGCAAGACUGGCGCUGUCUUUGGUGUAAAGCUAUGGUGCACACAGCCUGCAUGGAUCUUUACCCCCGCAAGUGUCCUCUGGGCCAGUGCAAAGUGUCCAUCAUCCCCCCUACUGCCCUCAACAGUAUUGACUCAGACGGUUUUUGGAAAGCCACCUGCCCCCCAUCGUGUGCCAGUCCUCUCCUAGUCUUCGUCAAUUCAAAAAGUGGAGACAACCAAGGAGUAAAAUUCCUGCGCCGCUUCAAACAGCUGCUUAACCCCGCUCAGGUCUUCGAUCUAAUCAAUGGGGGACCUCAUUUAGGGCUGCGCUUAUUUCAGAAGUUUGAUAACUUUCGGAUCCUUGUGUGUGGCGGAGACGGCAGUGUCGGCUGGGUUCUGUCUGAAAUUGAUAAACUUAAUCUUCACAAACAGUGCCAGCUCGGUGUAUUGCCUCUGGGAACUGGGAAUGAUUUGGCGAGAGUGCUGGGCUGGGGGCCGUCGUGUGACGAUGACACGCAGCUUCCUCAGAUACUGGAGAAACUGGAGCGAGCCAGUACCAAGAUGCUGGAUAGGUGGAGUAUAAUGACAUAUGAGAUUAAAAUACCUCCCAAACACAGCUGUCCUGCCACACCUGAGGAGGCAGAGGACUGCCAGAUUCAGAUCACAGAUUAUGAGGAUUCAGUUGCUGCUCAUCUCACAAAGAUCCUCAACUCAGAUCAGAACUCGGUGGUUAUAUCCUCUGCAAAGAUUCUGUGUGAAACAGUGAAGGACUUUGUUGCCAAAGUGGGGAAGUCCUAUGAGAAAAGCUUUGAGAACACAGAGGAAGCUGAUAGCAUGGCACUAAAAUGUACAGUCCUAAAUGAGAAGCUGGAUCUGCUCCUGCAGACCCUAAACACAGAGGCUCAGGCCAUGAGUCCUCCUUCUCUUACUACUCCUCCUAUAGUUGAGGAGGAGCUGGAGGAGGAAGAGCUAGAGGAAGAGGAUCUGAGUGAGGAGUCUUUAACUGAGCUUAAGGAGAAGCUGGAGGAGAACGUGACGGAGAAGGACUCUUCGCAUAAGCUUUUCAGGCCACGUGAGCAGCUCAUGCUUCGUGCAAACAGCCUGAAGAAAGCGGUUCGACAAAUCAUCGAGCAGACUGAGAAAAUGGUAGAUGAACAGAACGCUCAUACUGACGAACAGGACCUGCAGUCUCCUACUGAGAUUAAACGGGAGAUGGAGGAGGAAAACAAGGACAAUGAGAAGGAUGAGGACACCAAAGAACUGGAGAGUUUGCAAUUGGCAAAGUCCCCCUGUUCACCUACAGAGAGGCGCUCAAGUCGAAGUACACACUCUUGUGGUUCAUUCUCCAUCCCUCCCUUCACCACCAGUAAAGAGAACCUACCUGUCCUCAACACACGCAUCAUCUGUCCAGGUUUGCGUGCAGGACUUGCUGCCUCAAUAGCUGGAAGCUCCAUCAUCAGCAAGAUGUUGCUCGCUAACAUAGACCCGUUUGGAGCCACACCCUUCAUCGACCCUGACCCAGAUUCACUAGAGGGGUAUUUGGAGAAGUGUGUCAUGAACAACUAUUUUGGGAUCGGUUUGGAUGCCAAGAUAUCCCUGGAGUUUAACAACAAGCGUGAAGAACAUCCUGAGAAAUGCAGGAGUCGCACCAAAAACAUGAUGUGGUACGGAGUCUUAGGCACUAAAGAGCUUCUGCAGAGGACGUACAAGAACCUGGAGCAGAAAGUACAGUUAGAGUGUGAUGGACAAUACAUCCCACUUCCAAGUCUUCAGGGAAUUGCUGUGCUGAAUAUUCCCAGUUACGCUGGAGGAACUAACUUCUGGGGUGGAACGAAAGAAGAUGAUAUAUUCUGUGCUCCAUCAUUCGAUGAUAAAAUCUUGGAGGUGGUGGCAGUGUUUGGGAGUAUGCAGAUGGCAGUGUCCAGAGUGAUCAAGCUCCAGCAUCACCGCAUUGCCCAGUGUCGCACAGUAAAGAUUACCAUCCUGGGAGAUGAAGGAGUUCCUAUCCAGGUGGACGGAGAAGCCUGGAUCCAGCCUCCUGGAGUCAUCAAGAUCCAACAUAAGAACCGAGCACAGAUGCUGACCAGAGACAGGGCGUUUGAGAACACGCUGAAGUCUUGGGAGGACAAGCUGAAGUAUGAUAAGCCUCCUCUGCGGCCGCACCUGUACCCUCAGCACUCGGUGGAUCUGGCCACCGAGGAGGAGGCAACCCUGGUGCAGAUGUGUGCACGUGCUGCAGAGGAGCUCAUCACCAGGAUCUGCGAGGCUGCCAAGACCAACGGACUCCUGGAGCAGGAGUUAGCUCAUGCUGUCAAUGCUGCAUCACACGCCAUCAACAAAACACACCCCAAGUUUCCUGAGAGUCUCACCAGGAACACAGCCAUUGAGGUUGCCAGCACAGUGAAAGCUCUGCACAACGAAACCGAAUUGCUCCUCAUUGGACGAGUGUCAUUGCAGCUGGACCCUCCUGAUGAGGAACAGUUGUCCAGCGCUCUACAGAGUGUAGAGGUGGAGCUGGGCAAGCUGACUGAGAUCCCCUGGCUCUAUCACAUUCUCCAACCUAACGACGAGGAGGAAAACUCACUGGACUACGGCAAGAGGAACAGCCGGAGUAGCAUGUUCCGCAUUGUGCCCAAGUUCAAAAAAGAGAAAACGCUCAAGAAAUCCAGUCCACAGUCAGUUCAGAGGUGGGGCACUGAGGAGGUGGGCACCUGGCUGGAGCAGCUCAGCUUGGGGGAGUACAAAGACACCUUCAUCCGCCACGACAUCCGCGGCUCCGAGCUCCUGCACCUGGAGAGGAGGGACCUGAAGGAUCUGGGGAUCUCGAAGGUGGGUCAUAUGAAGAGAAUUCUUCAGGGAACUAAGGAGCUAGCCAAGAGUGCCAUGGUGGACCUGUGAAGCUGAGCAGUCCUUCAAUCAUUCCAUCAGGAGAAGUGGACAUUUUUACAGAGCUCCACUUUCUAAAUAAGCUUGACAACAAUGGGGGGGGGGUUGUCCCCCUGAUUUAGCAUAGCUUUAGAGAAUGUUUUAGAAUGAGUUCUGGUGCCAAAUGAGCUGUAUAAAUGUGCGAGAGCAUUUCAGGAUGGUUGAGGAUUUACAAAAAAAGCCAUUUCUUACAUACUGCUUUGAUGGCACUAUCAGGUAUGCAAUUCUCUCUGCAGAGGCAACUUUUCGAGUCAAGUAGCAAAACAGAACUUCCAUAAUGUGUUUGCUGUGGGGGCAGCGAGGCCGCUACGAUGGGACAGGGACGCGAGGUGUCAGCAAUAUUCUUCUUUCGACAGCACUGUUUACAUUUAAGGGAGAUGGCUGCUGGAGCGUUGCAAUCAGACAGCAAUCGUAGCAAAAUGGAUUGCUGUCAAACGUUUAGAAAGGGUUUCCUAGAGGAGUAAGAUUCUGAUGCAUGGCAUUUGCUUGAUUUGGAUAUCUAUUUGACU